AUGUCUUUCUUUUGUUUAACCCUAGUGAUACAAUUUGUGUGUCAUCGAUUCCUGGAAUACCACGAUCCAACUAUUGAGGAUGCUUACCAAAAACAAGCUCGUAUUGAUGGAGAACCAGCACAGCUUGACAUUCUGGAUACUGCAGGACAGCCGGAAUUUACAGCCAUGCGAGAACAAUAUAUGCGCAAAGGGGAAGGAUUCAUUAUUUGCUAUUCGAUUACUGACCGUCGGAGUUUUGAGGAAGCCAUCACAUAUAAAAACUUGAUAGACAGAGUACGGAAUCGGGAAGACAUUCCUAUUGUGAUAGUUGGAAACAAAUGUGACCUGGAACAUAUGCGUAAGGUAUCAUCAGAUGAAGGCUCAUCUUUAGCUUGCCAAUUUGGUUGUCCUUUCUAUGAAACGUCAGCUGUGUUACGUCAAUGUGUUGAUGAUGUGUUCCACGGUUUGGUACGAGAAAUUAGACGCAAAGAACGGGAAGCUUUGGCUGCUAUGGAAAAACAAAACCGAAAAAGAAAUCGAAUUCGUCGGAUGCGAGCCUUCUUCAAAAGCUUAAACAUUUUCAGAAGAGGUCAUUCCCAAAACUCAUGA